CCCGCGCCCGCAGGAGGGAGGACGCCGAGAGCCGUGGAGAAGCACGUUCCGCGCUCGGCGCUGCGCUGCCACGCACCAUGGCGAGCCCCGUCCAGCAGCCUGUCCCGUCGGGCGGCGGGAAGCGCAAAGGCAAGGCUCAGUACGUGCAGGCCAAGCGGGCCCGGCGCUGCGACGGCGGCGGGCCCCGGCAGCUGGAGCCCGGGCUGCAGGGCAUUCUCAUCACCUGCAACAUGAACGAGCGCAAGUGCGUGGAGGAAGCCUACAGCCUGCUCAACGAGUACGGCGACGACUUGUUCGGGCCGGAAAAGUUCACAGACCAGGAUCAGCAGCCCUCUGGAAGCGAGGGAGAAGACGACGACGACGUGGAGGCUGCUUUGAAGAAAGAAGUGGGCGACAUGAGGGCGUCUACGGAGAUGAGGCAAAGAAGAUUCCAGUCAGUGGAGAGUGGAGCGAAUAACGUGGUCUUCAUCAGGACCCUCGGCAUAGAACCUGAGAAAUUGGUGCACCAUAUUCUCCAGGAUAUGUACAAAACCAAGAAGAAGAAGACUCGGGUUAUUCUGCGAAUGUUACCCAUCUCGGGAACAUGCAAAGCUUUCUUAGAAGAUAUGAAAAAAUAUGCAGAGACUUUUUUGGAACCCUGGUUUAAAGCUCCAAAUAAAGGGACAUUUCAGAUUGUAUACAAAUCUCGAAAUAACAGUCACAUGAAUAGAGAAGAGGUUAUCAAGGAAUUGGCAGGAAUAGUCGGAAGCCUUAAUUCGGAAAACAAAGUGGAUCUCACCAAUCCACAGUACACAGUGGUGGUAGAAAUCAUUAAAGCUGUCUGCUGCCUGAGUGUUGUGAAAGAUUACAUGUUGUUCAGAAAAUACAACCUCCAGGAGGUGGUGAAGACGGCUAAGGAGCCACCACAGCCUCCCCCAGAGCCAGCAGCGCAGGCACAAGACGGGAAGGAAGCCAAACUGGCGUCUGCCAAUGGGUCGAACCAAGAUGACCCAACAGAAGGAAAAAGUAACGUUCAGGGGGAACCGGAGAAUAGUGUGGAGCUGGGGCCGACCCAGCCAGCAUCCCAGACACCGGAGGUGAAGGAGGGAGCAGCUACCCCUGAACUUGCAGGUCAAGUCCCAGAAGGAUCUGAGUCCAAUGAAAAUGACCUCUCAUAGGAACAAAAAUCAUUUGGUGUUGGAGGUGAGUUUCUCCACGGGGAUUCUGUGAGAUGUUGCUGGGAGUCCAUUUAAAAUGAUGACUGAAAAUACUGGUUUUGAACUUUUUGUGCUGCAUAGUAACUGCUCAUAGUGGCUGGGCAGCCCUGUGAACAGGUUUGUUGGAGACCUUUCCAGCCCCACCUGGCGGUGUACAGUAGGCCCACACUGCAUCUGGUUGAGCCAGCGGGAGCUGUGGCUAAUGGGUGAACAUUUACACAGUGUCGGGGGGCGGGGGGUAUGCCGUCGGCCUCUCCUCGUGACAGCCUUCCCCAGCCUCUCCUGCACUGCCAACUGAUGGAUGGGCGCGAGCGAUCUCUGCGAAAUGUAAACUCAGAGGGAAAUUUUCACUUUAAGGAAGGGAUUUUUGUGUAUCGGGACUUACUUGUCCCCUGCCACUUUGUUGUCAGCAUUGCAAAAACAUGGGUCCUAUAGGUUAGAGGUAAAUCGUUUUGUGAAGCUUUUGUACUUUCUGUCAUUUCUUGUUUAGCUGUUAGGCCCAUUUUUAUAUUUCAUUAACGUUCGUUGGUUACAAACAAAUUUGACGGUCCAGUGCUGCGAUUUUUGAAGGCAAGGUGUGAGAUAGAAGGGGACCAUGCGAGGCGUAGAACCACAGACAUUUCUGAUAAGGUUGGUGAUGGAGAAUUACAGUCUCUGAGUUACUGAGUAUAUCAGUCCAACAAGGGACACAAAGGCUCUUUCUUUACAGUGAAAGCUAUUUUGCAGUGGUUUUGUAGGGACUCAUAACCCAGGUGGUCCAGUUGCACCGUACAUCGUCUGGAAUGCAGUUUACAAACUUGGCAUUUGCUGCAGUGGUG